GAGUGUAUAUCAAUGCAUGUGGGCCAAGCGGGCGUCCAGAUAGGCAAUUCCUGCUGGGAGCUGUAUUGCCUGGAACACGGCAUCCAGCCGGACGGCACGAUGCCGUCCGACAAGGCUUCCGGAAGCAACAAUUGCUUCAACACCUUCUUCAACGAGAGCAGAUCCGGCAAAAUGGUCCCGAGAGCCGUGAUGGUCGACCUCGAGCCAACAGUAGUAGAUGAAGUACGGUCUGGAAGAUACAAGCAAUUGUACCAUCCCGAACAGCUGAUCACUGGAAAGGAGGAUGCCGCGAAUAAUUACGCUCGCGGUCACUAUUCCAUUGGAAGCGAAGUCAUCGAAUCGGUGAUGGAUCGAGUUCGCAGAUUGACCGAUCAGUGUACCGGCUUGCAAGGCUUUUUCGUCUUCCACUCGUUCGGAGGCGGCACUGGGUCGGGUUUCACUUCUUUGCUCAUGGAAAAGUUGUCCGACGAUUACGGUAGGAAGAGCAAAUUGGAAUUCGUCGUAUACCCGGCGCCGCAGGUGUCUACCGCCGUGGUGGAGCCGUACAACGCGGUGCUGACGACUCACACGACGAUCGGCCAUUCCGAUUGUGCCUUCAUGGUGGACAACGAGGCGAUCUACGACAUUUGUCGGCGGAAACUCGGCAUCGAGCGGCCGCUUUACGCGAACCUGAACCGACUGAUCAGUCAAGUGGUCUCCUCCAUCACAGCGUCUCUGCGAUUCGACGGUGCCCUGAACGUCGAUCUGACCGAGUUCCAGACGAACCUGGUGCCCUACCCCCGCAUACACUUUCCAUUGGCGACCUACGCCCCGAUGGUGUCCGUCGACAAGGCCUGGCACGAGGGCAUGUCGGUCGCGGAGAUCACCUCCGAGUGCUUCGAGCCUUCCAAUCAGAUGGUCAAGUGCGACCCCCGGGAGGGCAAAUACAUGGCUUGCUGCCUCUUGUACCGCGGCGACGUCGUGCCCAAGGACGUCAACGCCGCGAUCGCGGCCAUGAAGGGCAAAAGCUGCAUCCGCUUCGUCGACUGGUGUCCCACGGGCUUCAAAGUUGGGAUCAAUUAUCAGCCGCCCACAUCGGUGCCAGGCGGCGAUCUCGCGAAGGUCCAGCGAGCUGUUUCCAUGCUGUCUAACACAACUGCCAUUGAGGAAGCGUGGGCCAAGCUUAAUCACAAGUUCGAUCUGAUGUACAACAAACGGGCCUUCGUCCACUGGUAUGUGGGCGAAGGUAUGGAGGAGCUCGAAUUCGCGGAGGCGCGCGAGGAUCUCGCCGCGCUCGAGAGGGAUUACGAGGAAGUUGCUCUGGAAUCGCCGUCCACGCCGGACAUCACGUCGGAAUAUUGA